CCAUCUCGCACGACCACAACGCCCGCAAGCAACGCGCAUAAUCCGCAGAUCCCAUCGAAAACACAACUUCAUCACAACGCCCCAGAUGCCGCUGUCCCGGAGAGCGCAGGGAAAAAAGAGGGAACGGGCAAAGAGCUCGAGCGACGUGGACGAGAGCGACGCCGGCAUGUUUAUGGACUCUCAACCGGCCCCUGCUCCGAGAAUCAAGAAGCAGAAGCGGGCAGAGACAAGAGUUUGUCCCGUCUGCGAUGAAGCCAUCCCGGUCCGGCUGUUGGGAAAGCAUAGUGAAUUUGAGAUGGCCAGAGUAGAGGAGAUCAUGCAUCAUAUCGGAUCAGCUGAAGUACUUGCGGAUGCAGAGCCAGACGAAGGGUUGACUUCCCGGUCGCGACGAUCGACGUUGAAGGUCCGCAAGGGAAUUACCGGCAGUGCGCUUGCGUCCACUUCAGAAACUACCCUCGACCAGAUCCCGAAGGUUGUACGGAUGAUCAGGAACCGCCGCAAGCAGCGACACGCGAAGUUACGCGAAAUGACGCGGGGAAACGAGGAUGCGCUGUGGUGGGGUGGACGGCGAUUUGGGAAAAAGGAGCGGAGGGAGGGCACAGUCUGUCCAAUAUGCGCAAAGGUAGUGAUGGGCGAUCUAGACGUGGUUGAGGCGCAUGUAGACUCUUGCAUUGCGCAUGUAAGGAUGUCGGAGGAGCAAAGCCAUGCCUCAAGGCACGUCCGGAGAGAUAUGGAUUUUGAUCUGGAAGUGGAUAUCGACGGCGAAGCGAUAGAGAGCGUCACAGCAGGUGUCAAUUUUCAAGGAACCGGCUUCAAUAUCAGGGAUCGUACACAGCAGGAUAUCGACGAUGAGGUGGAUGUAGAUGGAGAAGACGAGAUGCUCUAUGGUGCUGCGCAAUUCUCAGAAGGAGAUAUCAUUGCAUUGUCCAAUCCGCUAGGUGAAGCGAGGUAUGAAGAAGGAGACGUUGAGGUCGAUGCAGAUGCAGAUACAGAAGAGAGUGGUGACACGGCUAUUUCUAGAAGGCGUGAGGAAAACAAUGACACACAGGACGCAGCGAUGCUAAGGAGUCUCGUGGCAGAGGGCAAAUCGUUGAGGAGGAGACUCGAGGCCGUAGAGGACGUGAAACAGACGAUUGGUGAGGUGAUAGGGGUAGACGAAGCUGAAGAGGUCGACAGCGCGAUCGAAAAAGUGCUUAGAGAGGGUGACCGGACUGCCUUGAUCGAGGCCCUAGAGCGCAAGGUUAAUUUGAUGGUCUCGACACGUGUGUCGACCUCGACAUCGUUGAUUUGUCGUAUCUGCCUCGAUCCCUAUACGGAGCCUACAGUCUCUACAGGAUGCUGGCAUACAUGCUGUCGUGAAUGCUGGCUGCGCUGCUUGGGAUCCACAAAGCUCUGUCCCAUCUGUAAGAGAAUUACUGCCGCCGUGGACUUACGAGGAAUAUACUUGUAAUUUAAACUUGUAAUUUAUAGCUUCAUCGCUG